AUUAUGGGAUGUCUGCCCCCUUUGUGUGUUUGUGAGGAUGUUAGCUAAGCUCUGCCUCUGAGGUUGGGGGAGAGAAGGGGGACGGAGCAACGUGUUUGGGUCAUUGACGGCUCAUUUUAUUUCCCUGAUUAUUGGCUCAGCCUACUUAAUGAUCACAAAAUAAUAGCAACAGCUGCACAAAACAGGUAACGCCAGAGUUAUAUUCUUGCACCGAGAUAGAGAGAGAGAGAGACAUCUCGACCCGGGACUACACACUACACACCCACCACCCCCUCCCUUCCUGGACACCCCCGGUCCAUUCUCCAACAGCCCCACGUCAUUUUCCCUCCUCCCUUGCCGACUGAGCAAGGUUUAAGAGGGAUUAAUCCGACUGGCAAGAAAUAAAAUUAAAACAUAAAAAUGUCGGGUAGCGAGGAUGAGAGGGAGGACUUUGGACCGACAGAUGAGCACUCACUUCUACACGAUGAGGAUGAGCCGGAGGAUGCUGUGUCUGACGUAGAGGUACCCAAGUCAAAGAAGAAGAAGAAAGCCAAAAAGAGCAGCCGCGAGAGCAGGACCAACAAGAGGCAGAGACCUGUCAGAGAGGAGCUGCCUGUCAGCUCCCCAGAGCCACUGAUUGGUGUGGAAGCACCAGAGAGGGAUGCAGACGAGGGAGCAGUGCAGUCAGAAAGUGAAGGCAGCGAUUAUGCCCCUGGGAGAAAAAAGAAGAAGCGCUCCAGCUCUGCCAAAGACAAGAAGAAAGGAGGUACGGCAGCUGAGAAAGGAGGCAGCUCGUCCAGCUCAAAAAGUAAACGUAAAGACCCAGAGCCUGAGGAGGAUGAGGAUGAUGAUGACGAUUGCCAGCCUAAAAGCUCUACCCAGCUGCUGGAGGCCUGGGGCAUGAAGGACAUUGAUCAUGUCUUCACUCAGGAAGAUUACAGCUCCCUCACCAACUACAAGGCCUUCAGCCAGUUUGUCAGGCCGCUUAUUGCAGCAAAGAAUCCCAAGAUUGCUGUGUCUAAAAUGAUGACUUUGAUGAUGGCCAAGUGGAGAGAAUUCAGCACCAACAACCCUCUCAAGGGUUGCGCCACUGCCAAUGCUGCCCUGGCAGCUGCCAAUGUGGCUGCAGCUGUAGAGAAUAUGGUGGUGGCGGGGCCAGAUGGAGGGGCAGAGACUGGGGCUGCUGCCUCACCUGCACCUGCUGCCGUUCCUGUCACUGUACCACCACCCGCUGCUCCUCCAGCACCCCCAGCACCUCCACUCCGCAAGGCCAAGACCAAAGAGGGCAAAGGUCCCAAUGCUCGCAGAAAGUCUAAACCCACGCCUAAGCCUCCGCCAAAGCCCAAAGCCAAGAAGGUGGCUCCACUCAAAAUCAAACUGGGCGGCCUCAACAGCAAGAGGAAGCGCUCCUCUAGUGAUGAAGAUGAGCCAGAUGUAGACAGUGACUUUGAUGAUGGGAGCUUCUCUGUGUCAGAUGGCUCCAAUCGCAGCAGCCGCUCCAAGAAGAAGCCCAAGAGCGCUAAGAAAAAGAAGAAAGUGGAGACGGAGGAUGGUGAUGGCUAUGAGACAGACCACCAGGACUACUGCGAGGUGUGUCAGCAGGGAGGAGAGAUCAUUUUGUGUGACACCUGUCCCAGAGCCUAUCACAUGGUCUGCCUGGACCCUGACAUGGAGAAAGCACCUGAGGGCAAGUGGAGCUGCCCACACUGUGAGAAGGAGGGGAUCCAAUGGGAGGCCAGGGAGGACCUGUCUGAGGCCGAAGGGGAGGAUGAAGAGGAGCGGAGGGAUGAAGGGGUAGAGGAAGAAGACGACCACCACAUUGAGUUCUGCAGAGUGUGUAAGGAUGGAGGGGAGCUGCUCUGCUGUGACACCUGCCCCUCCUCCUACCACAUCCACUGCCUCAACCCUCCCCUUCCCGAAAUCCCCAACGGAGAAUGGAUCUGCCCCCGCUGCACGUGUCCACCUAUGAAGGGCAAAGUCCAGAAGGUUUUAACAUGGCGGUGGGGGGAGCCUCCAGCCCCCACUCCCGUCCCCCGGCCUGCUGACCUGCCAGCUGACGCUCCUGACCCCCCGCCACUGGUCGGCCGCAGGGAGAGGGAGUUCUUUGUCAAAUGGUGCAACAUGUCCUACUGGCACUGCUCCUGGGUGCAGGAGCUACAGUUGGAGCUGAACUGCCAGGUGAUGUUCCGUAACUACCAGAGGAAGACUGAUAUGGAUGAACCGCCUCCAGUGGACUUUGGCGGCGAGGGUGAUGACAACAAGAGCACCAAGAGGAAGAACAAGGACCCACUGUAUGUCCACAUGGAGGAGGAGUUUUACCGUUAUGGAGUCAAGAUGGAGUGGCUGAUGAUCCAUCGCAUCCUCAAUCACAGUGUUGACAAGAAAAACAACGUGCACUAUCUGAUCAAAUGGAGAGAUCUGCCAUAUGACCAGUCAUCCUGGGAGAGUGAAGACAUGGACAUCCCAGAGUAUGAUACCUACAAGCAGACCUACUGGAAUCACAGAGAAUUGAUGAUGGGUGAAGAGGGCCGACCUGGAAAGAAGCUGAAGAAGGCAGUCAAAGUCAAGAAGGCUGAGAGACCACCUGCCAACCCAGUUGUUGAUCCAACCAUCAAGUUUGAUCGGCAGCCUGACUACCUGGACAGCACAGGGGGCACGUUGCAUCCCUACCAGCUCGAGGGCUUGAACUGGCUGAGGUUCUCUUGGGCGCAGGCCACCGACACAAUCCUGGCUGACGAGAUGGGUUUAGGCAAGACUGUACAGACUGCUGUCUUCCUCUACUCUUUGUAUAAGGAGGGUCACUCCAAAGGUCCGUUCCUUGUGAGUGCUCCUCUGUCCACCAUCAUCAACUGGGAGAGAGAGUUUGAGAUGUGGGCCCCUGACAUGUACGUGGUGACCUAUGUAGGGGACAAAGACAGCAGGGCUAUCAUCAGAGAGAACGAGUUCUCCUUUGAGGGGAAUGCCAUCCGAGGAGGCAAAAAGGCAUCCAAGAUGAAGAAAGACUCAACAGUCAAGUUUCAUGUCCUGCUGACGUCCUAUGAGCUCAUCACCAUCGAUCAGGCUAUACUGGGUUCCAUAGAUUGGGCUUGUCUGGUGGUGGAUGAGGCACACAGGCUCAAGAACAACCAGUCCAAGUUCUUCCGGGUAUUGAACAACUCCCUCCAACACAAGCUGCUGUUGACUGGCACUCCUCUUCAGAACAACCUUGAGGAGCUCUUCCAUUUGCUUAACUUCCUCACCCCAGAGAGAUUCAACAAUCUGGAGGGUUUCUUGGAGGAGUUUGCUGACAUCGCCAAAGAGGACCAGAUCAAGAAGCUCCAUGACAUGCUGGGGCCUCACAUGCUCAGGAGGCUCAAAGCUGAUGUGUUCAAACACAUGCCCUCAAAGACCGAGCUCAUCGUCAGAGUGGAGCUCAGCCCCAUGCAGAAGAAGUACUACAAGUUCAUCUUGACACGUAACUUUGAAGCCCUGAACACUCGUGGAGGAGGAAACCAAGUUUCUCUUCUUAACGUAGUGAUGGACCUCAAAAAGUGCUGCAAUCAUCCCUACCUCUUUCCUGCAGCUGCCACAGAGGCACCAAAAAUUCCAAAUGGCAUGUACGAGGGCAGUGCCCUGACCAAGGCCUCAGGGAAGCUGAUGCUGCUUCAGAAGAUGAUGAGGAAACUAAAGGAGGGAGGCCACAGAGUCCUGGUCUUCUCCCAAAUGACCAAAAUGCUCGACCUGCUGGAGGAUUUCCUGGAGAACGAGGGAUACAAAUAUGAGAGGAUUGAUGGAGGAGUCACAGGCAGCAUGAGACAGGAGGCCAUUGACCGCUUUAAUGCUCCUGGUGCUCCCCAGUUUGCUUUCCUCCUCUCCACCAGAGCUGGUGGUUUGGGCAUCAACCUCGCUACUGCUGACACUGUCAUCAUCUAUGACUCUGACUGGAACCCCCACAAUGACAUCCAGGCAUUCAGCAGGGCUCAUCGUAUUGGCCAGAACAAGAAGGUGAUGAUCUAUCGCUUUGUUACCAAGGCCUCAGUGGAAGAGAGGAUCACACAGGUGGCGAAGAAAAAGAUGAUGCUGACCCAUCUUGUGGUGCGACCUGGCCUUGGCUCCAAGACGGGAUCUAUGUCCAAGCAGGAACUUGACGAUAUCCUCAAAUUUGGAACUGAGGAGCUGUUCAAGGAUGAGAUCGGAGACGGGGACAACAAGGAGGAUGACAGCAGUGUUAUUCACUAUGAUGACAAGGCCAUUGAACGUCUGCUGGACCGGAACCAGGAUGCUACAGAAGACACUGAGCUCCAGAGUAUGAACGAAUACCUCAGCUCUUUCAAAGUGGCCCAGUAUGUCGUCAAGGAUGAGGAAGAUGAGGAAGAGGAGGUGCAGCGGGAAGUGAUCAAGCAGGAGGAGAGCGUGGAUCCCGACUACUGGGAAAAGUUGCUUCGCCACCACUAUGAGCAACAGCAAGAGGACCUGGCCCGCAAUCUGGGCAAGGGCAAGAGGACCCGUAAGCCAGUUAAUUACAACGACGGCUCUCAGGAGGACCGAGAUUGGCAGGAGGAUCAGUCUGACAACCAGUCAGAUUACUCAGUGGCCUCUGAGGAGGGCGACGAGGACUUUGACGAACGGGCUGAAGCUAAUGCCCGCAGACCAAACCGUAAGGGCUUGAGGAACGAGAGGGACAAACCUCUGCCUCCACUUUUGGCCAGAGUGGGUGGGAAUAUCGAGGUGUUGGGCUUCAACGCCCGGCAGAGGAAGGCCUUCCUGAAUGCAGUGAUGCGUUAUGGUAUGCCUCCCCAGGACGCCUUCACCACCCAGUGGCUGGUUCGAGACCUGCGAGGGAAAUCAGAGAAGGAAUUCAAGGCUUACGUGUCUCUGUUUAUGCGUCAUCUCUGUGAGCCGGGGGCUGAUGGAGCUGAGACCUUUGCUGAUGGCGUCCCACGUGAGGGGUUGUCAAGGCAACAUGUACUUACUCGCAUUGGCGUGAUGUCUCUUAUAAGGAAAAAGGUGCAGGAGUUUGAACAUGUGAACGGUCAGUGGUCGAUGCCCUGGAUGGCAGAGCUGGAGGAAAAUAAAAGAGCAGCAGCUUUGGCUGCUGGGGAAGAUCCCAAGACCCCCUCCACAGGCACUCCAGCAGACACACAACCCAAUACUCCUGCCCCAGAGGAUCUAACUAAAUCGGAGGAGAAGGAAUCAGAGGUGAAGAAUGAAGGAGAAGAGGGCAAAGGAACCAACAAGUCAGAUGACCCAGAGAUUAUAGAAAUCCCUGAUGAGUCUGAAAAAUCUCCGGCGUCUGAAAAGAAGGGAGACGUGGACACUACUGUGGGGAAGGAGGAGAAAGAGAAAGGGACAGGAGGUGGAGGUGGUGAUGAAGACAAGGAGAAGGAGUCUGAAGACGUGAGCAAGGAGAGAGACGAGAAGGACAAGUCUUCAGAAACAGCGGAGAAAGAUAAUCCUGCUGAGGCCAAAGGUGAAGGUUCAGAGGGCAAAACAGAUUCAGAGGAGGCCAAGUCGAAAGCUGAGGAGAACAAGGAGGAGAAGAUGGACACUAGUUCCCCUGCGGAGGAGAAGAAAGAGCAAAAAGAGGAGAAGGAGGCAGUGAAAGUGGAGGACUCUGGCAAGCUGCAGAACGGAGAGAACACCAAAGAGGGAGGAGCAGCUGCAGCACUGGUUAACGUUAGUGAAGAGAAGAAGAAAGCCACCAAGCAGAGGUUCAUGUUCAACAUCGCUGAUGGAGGAUUCACAGAGCUUCACUCUCUGUGGCAGAAUGAAGAGAGGGCGGCCACUGUCACCAAGAAGACCUUUGAGAUCUGGCACCGUCGCCAUGACUACUGGCUGCUGGCUGGCAUCAUACAACACGGCUACGCUCGGUGGCAGGAUGUGCAGAACGAUGUCAAGUAUGCCAUCUUGAAUGAGCCCUUCAAAGGGGAAAUGAGUCGAGGGAACUUCCUGGAGAUCAAGAACAAGUUCCUGGCCCGCAGGUUCAAGUUACUGGAGCAGGCGCUGGUGAUUGAGGAGCAGUUGCGUAGGGCAGCCUAUCUAAACAUGUCAGAGGACCCGGCCCACCCCUCCAUGGCCCUCAACACACGGUUCAGUGAGGUGGAGUGUCUGGCCGAGUCCCACCAACACCUCAGCAAAGAAUCCAUGUCAGGAAACAAACCUGCCAAUGCAGUACUGCAUAAAGUGCUCAAACAGCUUGAAGAACUGCUCAGUGACAUGAAGGCUGACGUCACCCGUCUCCCGGCAACUAUUGCCAGGAUACCCCCCGUUGCUGUGCGGCUGCAAAUGUCCGAGAGGAACAUCCUGAGCCGUUUGGCCAGCCGGGGCCCCGAGGUCACCGGGCAGAACCAAUCACAAACCUCACAGCAGAUGCAGGUGCCACGCUGACUGACCUCCAUCGCACAUCUCACAGGUGUCACAUUUGCAGACUGAGGAUAGCCACCCUCACUUCACCGCCAUGUAGCAGCCGUCCUCCUCCUCACCCCCAGCCACCAUGUACAGCACAGUAAGGUUAGUCCCCCCCAACUCCAAACCUGAACCCCAUUUCUGGACUCAGAAGAGCAUCAGCUGUGCUGCCGGGCUUUCAUUUGAAGAGACUGGAACCAUAGAAGUAGGAUAGGAUAGGAGUGAGUAGAAGAAUCACUUCUGUUAAACUCUAUUUCUGUGGUGAACUAGAAAAACAGGUCUAUCUCAUCUACUGGGAACUCCCGUCUAACUUCUCUAACCUGAACACUGUCUUUGUGACCGAACCGCAGGCAGCCCCGCUGACCUGCCGCGUUCUGUCCGUACAGCAGGGUCAAACGUGUGUAUGUAACUAUAUGUAUCAUGAAGUUGAAAUGGCUAGACAGGCGUUAAGAGGUGCAUGUUUGGAGUACAGUGGCGCUUCGGAGUAAUUUUUUGGAUUAAUAAUGAAUUCAAGGGAUUUUGUUGUGCUCAUUUUCACAUUGUAGGAAAUUGUGGUAUUUUAAAUGUUUUUUUGUUUGUUUGUUUGUUUUUUUAAUUAUUGAGCUCUAAUGUCCUCAAAUGUGCUGUGUGUGUGUGUGUGUGUGUGUGUGUGUGUGUGUGUGUGUGUGUGUGUGUGUGCGAGAGAGAGAGCGAGAGAGAGAGAAUGUGUGUGUGUGUGUGUGUGUGUGUGUGUGUGUGUGUGUUUGCAGUAUGUGUGUGUAUAAAACGAGGCACACUGAUGUGCAUCUCUACUGCAGACAGCCCCUGACACUGAGCUCUGCAUUUCACCAGAGAGACUGUUAUUAUCCAUGAAAUGAAGACACUUUUGUAUUGAUCAGUGUGAUGUGAUACCUCUACCUGCGUCCUCUCCUCCUCCACCCCCACCUGUCCAGUCAGGUGACCCAGCUUGGGAUCGAAUCCCUCUGCUCACACCCCAACCAGCACCUUGACAUUCCUAAUUUGUUUCUGGAGGAUUUCAUCACAGAUUUGUUCCUCGGGGACUCUCCCCUCUUUGCUCCAAAUAAGGACAUGCAAUAGCUCCACAUGUUUUAGGUACAUGGGUUGGUAUUGAGAAUGAUGGCAAUUUUAAGUUAAUUUAAUUUCUUACAGUCUAUUGUUAUUUUGUUUGACAUUUUUGGAUAUAAUUAUGGUUACCACCUUGUUGUUUUUAUCAUUGCUGUUUGUUUUUAUGGACUACAAUAAAAGGUUAACAGUUUGCCGAG